GGGUGGGGUGGGGGGGGCGAACAGACGAGGACGAUACAUCGUUCAUCUUUCAUUUGCGCCACUUGGGCGUCCUCGCUUCUUCUCUGUAGGCCUCCCGGGGACGGCGACUCUGAUCAUUUGAUCGAUGCUCAACGAUAGUCCAGCAGCAGACGGCCUUCCGCUUCGUUUAGAAAGACAAAGGGCGGAGGUGAUGUGUGCUGUCGCCAGGGCUCCUGCAUCAAUUUUACAGCGGCUGAGCGCUUUUGCUGACUUUGGGCUGUUGCACAGAUGCCGGAGAGCCACUUUUUGGGGUGAGAAUAAAACCGCCUCGUGCUCUGAAGGAAGCGCUGAGCGUAUCGUCCAAGGCAGCCGGCCCGGAUGUGCCACCCACUCCCGCUAGCCUCCCACCUUGUUGCUCCACUGUCGUGCCUUCGUUUCUGCUACGGCCUUCCCAUGGAGAGUGGACGCCCGCCCGUGUAGGAUGCCUACCUCGUCUGACGCCCUGGAUUCCCUCCUGCCCGUCACCGACUCCUCCUUCUCCUCGCGUGCGCCCGCUCUUGCCAAUAGUUCGUUGCGGCCCCCAAGGCUGUGCCCCGCACCUCUCCAACAUGGUGGAUGAGGCAACCACCAUGAAGGAUGACGUCAUCAACGCCAACACGUUGGCUUGGCUGGUCUGCUCGGGGGUGUCAAUCCUGGCCAAUACGUGGAGCAUCCUCAGCGUCAGCGCCAAGCAGAAGAAGUGGAAGCCGCUCGAGUUCCUCAUCUGCACACUGGCUGGAACGCACAUCCUCAACAUGGCCAUCCCCAUCACAAUGUACUGCGUCAUAACGCUGCGCCGUCAGCAUUCCAACUACGAGUGGAACGAGGGCUUGUGCAAGGUGUUUGUGUCCACCUUCUACACUCUCACGUUGGUCACCUGCUUCUCUGUCACAUCACUCUCUUACCACCGCAUGUGGAUGGUUCGCUGGCCUGUCAACUACAGGCUGAGCAACACUAAGAAGCAGGCGGUGCACACAGUGAUGGGGAUUUGGAUGGUCUCUUUUAUCCUGUCCACACUUCCAGCGGUGGGCUGGCACGACACCAUCGACCGCUUCUACACAUCCGACUGCAGAUUCAUUGUGACCGAGAUCGGCCUGGGGUUUGGGGUUUGCUUCCUGCUCUUGAUUGGCGGUAGCGUGACUAUGGGUGUGAUCUGCAUCGGCAUUGCUCUCUUCCAGACCUUCUCCAUUCAGGCAGGACACAAAGCGGACAAGAACAAGUUCAACGUCCCCACCAUCGUGGUGGAGGAUGCCCAGGGCAAGCGUAGAUCCUCCAUUGAUGGGUCAGAACCUCUCAAGACUUCGCUGCAGAUCACUUACCUGAUCAGCGGUAUUGUCUUCAUAUAUGACUUUCUCACCGGCUUCCCCAUACUUGUGGUGAGCUUUGCCAGUCUGAAGUUCGAACGCUCGUACAACUGGAUGGUUCUGUGUGUGCUUUGGUGCUCCAUUGUGCAGUCUAUCUUGCUGCCCAUGUUCCUGUGGGCCUGCGACCGCUAUCGGGCGGAUAUCCGCAUGGUGUGGGACAAGUGCGUGGCCAUCAUGUCCAAUGACGAGGUGGACGAGGAAAACAGCCAAGAUGGAGGAAUUCAUGUCGACUUAAUAUAUGACAGACCAUAUGACUAUAGCUCAGCGCCUGAAAUCGUGACCGUAGACCGUAAUGCCAAGUAUGAGUUCUCAACCUUAGAAAGUGGGAUCCCGCAAGGGUAUCCAGUGAGGGAACAGCAGGAAGAUAAAAUGCAGUAUUUGCAGGUGCCCCCUACAAGAAGAUACUCCCACGACGAAACCGACAUGUGGACCAGCGACCGGAUCCCCCCCUCCUACCUUCACUGGUGGGGCUCCAGCGAAGACAUGAUAGUGAGUGGGCGUUACAGCUCCACCUUGCCGCGCCGCGAGAGGCGCAGGAACAGCCUGGUCUCCUACCACGAGGAGAGCCGCCAUCAUUAUCAUCGUCACCACCAUCACCAUCACCAGCCGCAGCUCCAUCGCAAGCGGCGGCGCUCUGAGGACGCGCAAUCCCUCAAGCAAUUGCCGCGCGUGGCGUGCGGUGCCCUCGACUACCGUGACGAUGACCCGCGCUGCUUCAGCCGCGACGAAGUCAUCAACUUUAUCGACGAGACGCCGUUGCCGAGCCCCAGGAAGAGCCCGCGGCGGGCGUCUUGCACCGUCGCUCUCCUUCCUGGGGUGGACGAGCAUCACGGCGUCAUCCUGCCUCAUUUUGCGCUCACAGACUUUGAACACGAGCCUCAGGCGCUCAGGCGCUUCUCAGAACACAAAAGCUGUGCGAGGAGCUCACCCGACAGGAGCAGCGGUCAUGAGAGCUCCAGGAAAGGGGGUCGGGAGGUGGGCUCGCCUGCAGGGGUCACCCCAUGGACUCCCCCAGCUGCUUGCAGGUCCAGGGCGGGCGCAGCAGCCGACUGGGCCCAAUACAAGCAGAUGAGCCAGGGGGAGAGGAAAGCAAACACAAACAAUUUUGUAAGCACUUCGUCUGCAUCCUCUUUGGGAUAUAUUACCUUUCACUCGGAUUCUGUUGGCUCCGCUUCCUAAAACAACAACUAUUUCCCAGCAUUGUGAUACUUAAGAGUUUCAUCAUGGACUAAGUAUUACCUGCCUUCUCUUGAAUUUGUGCAUCCAUUGUUUAACCCUCCUGUUAUGAUUUUUUCUCUGGCCAACGUGACCUGCCACAUGCAAGUUCAGCCAAAAUGAGACAAUUAAAAAAUAACAUAUAAAUAGUUUUCUUGCUCCUAUUAAAUCAGUGACUUUUACAUAAUAUUCAGCAUUAUGUCCACAAAGUCACUGUGCACUAUUUUUUUUUUUAAUGAACAUGUUUCAAUAUUGACUACAAGCAGUACAUACCCGAAUAUUUCUUGACCUUUGUUGAGCCAAUGCAUGCAUUUUACUUUGGAAACAUCUCAUGGCACACCACAAGCUUAAAUGCCACAAAAAGUAUAAAUAAUAAAUAAAUAGUACAAAUAAAUAAAUGAAAUAAUGAUGUGCUCAUCUCAAUAUACUUUCAAAGAGAUGGCCUUACAGUAUAUAUUCUAUAGGCAGUUUCUAACAGCAUCUUUCAGUAUAUAAUAAGUAUGUACCUCUUAUCGUCUAUAUCGAAGCAUAUCGUUCAAUAAAAAUACAAGUGCACAUUGGCUUGUCAUUUUGCCAUUACAAGCUCUUUCUGAAUAGGCCGGGGUGUUUUCAUUUUGUGGGCCACAUCAUCGUUACAUUUUCCCCUUAUGGGUAUGAUAUAUAAUUGCAGGUAGGGUGGAAGAGUAACUGUAUGCCAAAAAUCAGAGUUGGGUUUAAGUUCACAGUUAGUUUCGCAUUUGGUGCAGCAAGGGAGCAAAAGGCAAAACCAACUCUGUGUUUUGUGUCAACAAAAACACAUUUAAGGACAUUGAACCUUCAUGUCUUUAAUAUUUCCAAUCCCUAACAUUAGUAGUUUUAGGCCUUGUUUUUAAGAAGUGAAGAUGAAGAGAAGUGUAACUUGAAUAUUUUGUCCAGAGAGAAUUUUAAUGCUAUAAAAAAAUAAAAAAAAAAAACACUAACAGGGCAUUUGCGAUUGCUUUGUCUCCAUCUGAAGAGAAUGUUCAAUUUUUAUUCUGUUUCAGACAUUUCUUGUUGUUUGCUGCACUCAUAUUCAUAUUUGCGUGGUGUCAUUUCACAUCAGUUUCCGCGUUUAGGUUCUACCAAAAGCAUGUUGCCCCCCCCAGCCCACAUGAUGUCUGUGAAGCUGAGCCGCAGUGUAUUUGUUUAUAGACAAGUUACGUGGCAAGGGUGCGAGACACUUUGAGCUCUUGUCCAUUAGCCAAUUAAUUGUGUGUAUGGACCCAAAUCCUCUCCCCAUCACACAACUUCCCCGUCUGUUUAAUUAUUUGUAUGAUGAAUAAUAGCUACUUUUGAACAAACGGCAGAGAAAAAAGGUGGCGUGAUUAAGCAGACCACAAAAAGUAUAUGAAGGGGCCCACGGGCCUUGGUUUUGACACCUCUGCCAUGUGAUCAUCCAAUUAAAAUUGUGUGUUAGUUUUAAGUAACAAAAGGCAAUAUUCUCUUUACCUUCUUUGAGCCGAGGCAUCAUGUUUACAGUGGAGAAAUCUCACAGCAGACCACCAAACAUUAAAUAUGGAUCAUGAAAUAAUGACGAUCUUACUUUAGUCGCCGCCUCUGUGUGAAAUCUGGACCUGAUUUUUUCAACACAAACUAAUUUACUCACAUCAAGCCAUGACAUAUUUUGCAGUACGGUUGGUUGAUACAUGGGUGUUUUUGUACAUUCUGGGGUCCAAUGGAAGAGCAUUUAAUGGUUCUGCCUUUCACUAUUCAGUAUGUCGGUCACAUGGAUUGAUUAACAAAGACAUAUUGAUGAAGUGAAAUUUGAUCAUUUGCUAUGACACCAUUGAUGUUUUCUCAUGUACGAGGCAUCCUGGUUAGGAAUCUCUCAUGUGAGGAAUGUACUUCAAAAUGUAAUGCAACUGAGUGUAUAGUAUUUGAAACCAACAACAUCGAAAUGGCACCAUAUUUUUAAUCCCAUUUGUUUAUAUUUAAAAAAUAACUCUAUAGUUUUAAACAUUUAAACAACAUAACAGGAGGGUUAACUUGCACGUUCACAUAUUUACUCAUGCUUGAUUGUGAAAAGUUGGCGCUUCACCUUUCACAUUACAGAAUAUUCAGCGGGGACAUGAUUUGUGAUGAUAUUCACAUUUUUCUUUAUUUGCUGUGAUGUUGGUACUUCGAAAAUGCUCUUGAUAGGCAGCACAUUGAAAGGCUGUAAAAUCUGGAUCUUUUUUUUCUGCACUAAAGGUGCUGCUUUACUUUUCAGACUGGUCCUUUCCUAAUCACGAGUCAGGACAUAAUACAGUCUCCAUAGUUACUUUGAUAAUGAUGUACAAUGUGUUGUUCCCAAACUGUAUGACACGAAACAAACGAGAGUGGUAGUCCCAAGCUUUUCUAUGGAUUUUGGACGUAUUGACAUUAAAGCUAAAUUGCUAAUGACAAAGGCAAAACCAACUUUCAAACCAGGUCGGGUCCCCAUUGGAUUUCAAAGCAAGGAAUUAUAGAGUACCCAUAAUUUAUUUCCAUGUGAAAGAUGUGGGCUAAUAAAACAGAGCAUAGUGAAAUGAAACUAGAAGACUGACUAAAUAUGGCUUCGUUUCAACGUUUUAGAGUCCUCAAGUCUUGGAAUCGAUGACAAAAAAAAAAAAAAAACGUAAAAAGAGAAAACUGUAUCCAAACCUAGAUGGAUACCAAGCGUUAAAUGAUUAUGUGAAACCAGCAUCCAAUAUUGUACAUUAUUUUCCAUCCCCUGCUUCGCUUAUGAGUUAUCUUCUCCAGUCUUUUGUUAAUUGUCACUUAUAUACUACUGCACGUUUGUCAUUGAAACGUCACCACGACACUACCCUUUUGUAGAAUUUUGACUUUUUAUUGUAUACACCAUCUGAAUAUAUAAUUUAGUAACAUAUUCAAAGAUCUGUGAGUCAAUGACUGAUAUUUAAUUAUGAGU